AUGGCCGAAGACGACCCUCCUUCCGCUGGGGGCUCUACCGUCCCGAGCCCCUUCAACUUUCAGACGCAGGUCAUCUCGACCUCGCCUGUCAAGUCGGUAUGUUCAGCUUCGCGCGGAGAGACAUCGCUCAUCAUGAUGCGCGCCUCGUCAUCUUCGCAUCCUUACUCGACCACUGACACCGGCCUCUCGCAGAAUAUCGGCCAGCGCCGCGGCCAUCGAUACAAGCACAGUUCGAUAUCGACACAACACCAGAUCUUCCAAGAGCCUCCUCAACGUCCGCCCCCUGUUCUACCUGCGUCCCUUCCCGUACCGACCGUUCGCGAAGCAUGGAAGAGCAUGUCUCGCGACCAGCGCGCCCGGCUCUAUUGGAGCCUGUGCCACUUGGCCGUCGCGUCCUGGCUGUUCUUCAUCUCGGAAGGCUCGCUGGCCAUGAUGGCUCUAUCCCACUUGGUCUUCUUCGACGCCGGGAGUGCUGCCGUGUGUGUCGCCGUUGAGGUACUCGGCAACUUCGAAGUCUGGCGCCGUAGCAGCAUCCGCCACCCCUUCGGUCUUGAAAGGGCCGAGGUUCUCGCCGGUUUUGCAAUGUCAAUUUUCCUGCUGUUUGGCGGCUUCGAUCUCGUAUCACACAAUCUUAAGCACUGGCUCGAAACAAAGGGCGGACACGAGCCGCAUCAUGAACAUGCUCAUGAACGUGUGUCAGCCGGCGAGGUAGACUGGGCCGCCUUCGCCGCGAUUGCUAGCACGGCCAUCUCCGCGUAUGGUCUAAAGAAUCACGCGCGCAUUGCAAGAAUCAUGCGAGUAUCAUGGCUCGCCGGACUUCCUACCCACUUUUCGAACAUCUUUCACUUCCUUACCGUGUUCUUCUCCAGUUUGCUGCUUCUGCUUCCCCUCCUGUCCAUCAAGACAUAUAUUUGGCUCGACCGGACGCUGUGUGCGGCCAUUGCGGCAUCCAUGUUCCUGUUCGGCGCCAAAUUGGCCAUGGCCCAGGCUAUGAUGCUGCUGAUGUCGUACGGCGGUAAUGGAGGCAAUGAGGGCGUAACCUCAGUGGUGCGGGAGAUUGAGGCAGAACCUGGCGUCACACGCAUCGAAGACGCGCAGUUCUGGCAGGUGCACUACGGAUUGUGCAUGGCUAAUCUCAAGAUUUGCGUGGCCAAGGGUUGUGAUGAGGGCACAAUUAGCAAGCUACGCAGCCGGAUAUCAACUCUGAUACAGAACAGGCUGGGCGAAGGAUACGGUCGGGGCACGAGUCUGAGAUGGGAGGUUACUCUGCAGACGAGCAUUGACGCAACUGGAUGA